AAUCUUUCAUUCCCAACAAAACAAAACAGAACAUAUAACUUUAUUGUUUAUUUUAAUUAUAUGUGAAUCAUAUUCCCGUAUUAUGUCUCUUGCGAAAUUCCUCAAAAAAUCCAUCGAACAAACUCAAAGCCUCAAUCGAGUUUGUAUGUUAAAACCUAAGCUACCCGAACUCCAAACAAUUCAUCUAAACAAAGGCAAGAAUGAAAUUGGUCGAAGUAAGGAAACCGGUAUUCGUGAUGUACGUUGCUCCAAACGACAGUUGCUCCUCGACGUCGAUUUGGACAAAUGCCAGGUGACACUUGAAGUCCUCGGGGUAAAUCCAUGCGCACUCAAUGGUUUUAUGGCCGACCAAGGUACCAAAGUAGUCGCAUUGCACGGUGAUGUGCUCGAAAUAGUCUACGGUCGACAUCCUUUUGAAAUUGUCUUCAAACCACCACCGCCAACAUUGUCGAGUGAGGAGAAACCAAUGGCAAUCGAUGAUGACGAAUCUGUCCCAUCAUCGGAUGAUUCGAAGGAUCCUUGGCAAAGUAUCGACAAUGGAAAACUUGUGAUUUACACACCCAAAGGGGUAAAAAGCUCGAAAAAAGUCGCCGGCUACGAUAUGGAUGGAACCAUUAUCACCACAAAAUCAGGCAAUGUCUUCCCUAAGAACAUUGACGACUGGCAAAUUAUAUACCCAGAAGUUCCUUCAAAGUUGAAGAAGCUGUCGGAAGAUGGCUACAAAAUAUGUUUCUUCACAAAUCAAGGAGGAAUCGCCAAAGGGAAAACCAAACUCGAAGACUUCAAGCAGAAGAUCAAAGGAAUUUGUGGCAAACUGAACCUCCCCAUUCAAGUGUUCAUAGCCGUUGGUGAUGGCUUUUAUAGGAAACCUGUGACAGGCAUGUGGAAGCAUUUGUGUGAAAAGGAAAAUGACGGCAUCCAAAUCGACCUCAAGGAGAGUAUUUAUGUUGGCGACGCUGCUGGACGAGGUACUGAGGGAAAAAAGAAACCUGACCAUUCGUGCUGUGAUCGAUUAUUUGCCUUGAAUAUCGGACUACCCUUCUUCACGCCAGAAGAGCACUUCCUUGGCAAAAAACCCUUGCCGUUCAGUUUGCCCCAAUUUAAUCCUACAAAACUGCCAUCAACUUUGCUACACCUGGAGCCAGCGAGUACAAAGAUCCCAUCAGAUUCUCCAUCAGAAUUGAUUGUUAUGGUCGGUCUGCCGGGGUCUGGGAAAAGUGAGUUCAGCAGGAGCACAUUGGAACCCUUGGGAUACACCGUCCUAAAUGCAGACACUUUAGGCAGUUCUGCAGCAUGUAUUUCGCGCUGUCAAAAGGCCCUCCAGGCCACGCAGAGAUGUGUCAUAGACAACACCAAUGUCGACGUGGAAACUAGGAAGAAAUACGUAGAAAUCGCAAAGAAGUUCAAUGUUCCUUGUCGCUGUUUUGUUAUGAAUUCCAGUCUCAGUCAGAUUCAACACAAUAUCGCUUUUCGUCAACUCACAGACUCCAAGCACACGAAAAUCAAUCAAAUGGUCAUGAACACCAUGAAGAAGAAGUUCAAAGAGCCCUCGCUGGAUGAGGGCUUCACGGAGAUAGCCAAAGUCAAUUUAAAGUAUGCGUUCAGGUCUUCAGAGGAAGAGAAAUUGUACAAAAUGUAUUUAGUCGAGAAAUAAAAUGGUUUUGUUUGUUUUUAAAACGGG